GAUCCGAUUAUCUCGUCUUUUCACUUCAGCAGGAGACUGGCGAGCAUAGAGCUGAGUCACAGGGUAAGAGCUGUCCUAUAGAGCUGAGUCACAGGGUAAGAGCUGUCCUAUAGAGCUGAGUCACAGGGUAAGAGCUGUCCUAUAGAGCUGAGUCACAGGGUAAGAGCUGUCCUAUAGAGCUGAGUCACAGGGUAAGAGCUGUCCUAUAGAGCUGAGUCACAGGGUAAGAGCUGUCCUAUAGAGCUGAGUCACAGGGUAAGAGCUGUCCUAUAGAGCUGAGUCACAGAGUAAGAGCUGUCCUAUAGAGCUGAGUCACAGGGUAAGAGCUGUCCUAUAGAGCCGAGUCACAGGGUAAGAGCUGUCCUAUAGAGCUGAGUCACAGGGUAAGAGCUGUCCUAUAGAGCUGAGUCACAGGGUAAGAGCUGUCCUAUAGAGCUGAGUCACAGGGUAAGAGCUGUCCUAUAGAGCUGAGUCACAGGGUAAGAGCUGUCCUAUAGAGCUGAGUCACAGGGUAAGAGCUGUCCUAUAGAGCUGAGUCACAGGGUAAGAGCUGUCCUUCAAUGCUUAUAUUACCAUCCUCCUGCCUCUGACUGCUGUCCAAUAGCACACACCACCCUAGGCACUUCACUGAGCUCUAAAAGGAUGUAUUAGCUAUCUAUGGUUAAAGCCCCACCAGUCCCUCUGAAUGGCUUGGUGGAAUUUGCCAUAAUGUUUAUACCUAUCCAAUCCUUUCAACUCUACUCAAGUAGCUAUAGGCAUUCAAGUUGAUUUGGAGUUGGACGUGUGUAGGGGAGAAUGAGUGGGCUUUGACAUCACAACCAUGAGCGUAUUCAUUUAAACUGAUUCUGUUCAAUUGAAGCAAACGGAACAAAAUGGAGAGGCACCUACCUGAAUUUGUCCAAUAGAAACUCUUGUUUUAACUGAUUGGACGAAUGAUUACACGCCUGGGGUAAGCAAAGGAGGACUGUUUGGAAGUUUGUUUCGUCUUUAGCGUUCUAGCUUCAGGUGAAGCUCACUUGUACGAGUGAACAAGAGUUCACUCAAACAAGUGUGAAUGUGUGUUUUGGGGUUGUGGGUGGUCCCUAAUCUGUCUUUAUCACCAGCUCUUGGAUGCAUUCCCUCUAGAAAAACAUGACUCCCCCAUUGGUGUGUGUGUCGGUGUGAGGGAACACAGCUGGUGGGAUUUCAAACAGCUGACGGGGGACCUUUAAAAUGCCAUUAUAGGGAAAAGUGAACAAGGGGGAGGGACAGAAGGAGAACAGGGAAGAAGAGAGAGGAAGGAGUGUGUGCAGCAUCACUAGACCUGAAUGUUACUGUGCUCAGUAGCUCCUGAAAAACAAAACAUCCUUGGACACCACGGGCCUCACUACAUCGCAGUGAGGUCUUCUUUUCUGUAGGGUUGGUAAAAAGUAUGAGGGGUGUGGAGAAAGGUAAUGGAUAUAAACAACACUGUACUCACCCUCUGUACCACUCUGCCUAACACUGGGACCAUGAAUGCACAGGAGGCCACUCCCUGUGAGUAUGCUGGCAUACUGGGGGAUAGCUCUGACUCUGACGAAGAGACCAGUCCAGAGGAUCAGCUGGCUUUCUCCUGGAAGAACCUUCCUAUACUGGAGAGAUUGGGCCUCAGCAGUGGUACAGAGAUGACUGAAGAGGAAGUUGAGAGUGAGUUUACCCAGUUUGCGCUGGCGUUCCGUUGUGACCAGUACACCCUGACCCAGAGACUGCAGGCUGAGGAACACGACAGAACCGUGGCCCAGGAGAACCUCAACCUAGAACUGGAGCGUACCAGAAACACACUGCAGGUGGGGUAUCUGAAAGGUAGGUGUGUAGACGCUGAGCUUUCAGAGAUGCUGAGUCGUAUCGAGGCCAGUCUGGACACAGUGCUGGACGGCGUGAGCGACAUCAUCACUGCUGCUGAGAUGCUGGGGACCGUGCACCAGGAGGCACGCGUGUGUCGUUCUGUGGAGAUGAUGGGUGUCCACGUGGAGCAUCUGAAGCGUCGUCACGCUGUGGAGAGAGCCGAGCUGCUGGAGACCAGAAAGUAUUUUCACCGCAGCCGGGGCAGGAGACACAGCGACUCAGAGGAUGGAGAAGUCAGGCACCUGUUUGUCAGGCGAGACUCCCAACAGACCCUCCUUCGGCGAAGAGUCAGCGUCACACUAAUCCCAACGGGAUCCCAGCUCAGCGACCUGGAGACCAAGUUCCAAGAGGGUUGCAUGGCCAGUGCUGACACUGACAGCCAGGGGCCAGAAUGGGGCAGUGUGAACCAAGCCAGCAGGCCCUCUGAGAUGUCCCCCCUGGCCAGCCCGUCCCCCCACCACGCCCCCCUCCUGCUCAGACAGAGCUCCACACAGAGCUCCCAGAGCCUGGAGGAAGAGAGUGAGGUAGCCCCUCACACCAGUUCCCUGCAGAUGACACGACGUCACAGGCGGGGGUCUGCGAUCGUGGCGCGUGAGGCUAGUUCAGAGGAGGCCGAAGCCAAGGGGUCAAGAGCGGGGUCUGGAGCGUGGGCGGGGUCAUUAGCAGGCACAUCCGAGCCCAGUGAGCCCAGUAGCUGUAUGGCUGAAUCAGUCUGCACCACAGAACCGCCAGUGGUGCUGUCAGUGCAGCGCCCCCUAGCUACCUGGCUGUCUUACUGGACGUGGAUGGUGCUGCUCCUCCUGGCUCUCUACUUCGUCCUGCUGCUGGGGUUCCUACUCUGGGGUCUGAAGGUUCCACACCACAGCUCUAGCUUCUGACAUCUCACUUCUGCUGCACUGCAUCUCAGCUCUACACCACAGAGUUCUGGGAUCCACGUUCUGUGUUCUGACAUAUGACUUAAUAAUAUACACUGCUCAAAAAAAUAAAGGGAACACUAAAAUAACACAUCCUAGAUCUGAAUGAAUGAAAUA